CCAGGAUGGAAGAGCAGUCACAAAACCACGAAGUCAACUCAGACGCAGGAUUGUUCUUUUCAGGAGUUGAUGAUGAGAAGAUCCAGAAGAAAUGGACCCUGGGACUUUAAAUCAGAAAAACCCUGCAUUUAUGAAGACAAAUUAGAGAAAAAGCAGGAGAAAAAAGAAAGUAUUCAGGCAGUUUCAGUUACCCACAAAAAAAUCCUCAUUGUGGAAAGAAGCCAUAAAAAUAAUGAAUUUGGCCAAAACUUUAGCCCAAAGUCGGUCCUCGUUAGGCAACAGAUGGUUCCCAGAGAAAAAACACCACCAAAAUGUGAAAUACAAGGAAACAGCUUCAAACAGAAUCCAUAUUUGCUUAAUCAACCAAAAAUCAACACCACAGAGAAACGCUAUAAAUGUAGCAUUUGUGAAAAAACCUUCAUUAACACUUCAUCUCUUCGCAAACAUGAGAAAAACCAUAGCGGAGAGAAAUUAUUUAAAUGUAAAGAAUGUUCGAAAGCCUUCAACCAAAGUUCAGCUCUCAUUCAGCAUCAAAUAACUCAUACUGGAGAGAAGCCCUACGUAUGUAAGGAAUGUGGGAAAGCCUUCACUCUGAGUACAUCCCUUUACAAACACCUAAGAACCCACACUGUGGAGAAAUCCUAUAGAUGUAAAGAAUGUGGUAAAUCCUUCAGCAGAAGGUCUGGCCUUUUUAUACAUCAAAAAAUCCACGCUGGAGAAAAUCCCCAUAGAUACAAUCCAGGUAGGAAGGCAUCCAGCACAUCCCUUUCCGGAUGUCAGAGAAUUCAUCUCAGAAAGAAGUCCUAUUUAUGUAAUGAAUGUGGCAACACCUUUAAGUCUAGCUCAUCCCUUCGUUAUCAUCAGAGGAUUCACACGGGAGAGAAACCUUUCAAGUGCAGUGAAUGUGGGAGAGCCUUCAGUCAGAGUGCAUCUCUUAUCCAGCACGAAAGAAUUCACACUGGAGAAAAGCCCUAUCGAUGUAACGAAUGUGGAAAAGGUUUCACUUCUAUUUCACGACUUAAUAGACACCGGAUAAUUCAUACCGGUGAGAAGUUUUAUAACUGUAAUGAAUGUGGCAAAGCCUUAAGUUCUCACUCGACACUUAUCAUUCAUGAAAGAAUUCACACUGGAGAGAAACCGUGUAAAUGUAAAGUGUGUGGGAAAGCCUUCCGACAGAGUUCAGCUCUCAUUCAACAUCAGAGGAUGCAUACCGGGGAAAGACCCUAUAAAUGCAACGAGUGCGGGAAAACAUUCAGGUGUAACUCAUCCCUUAGUAAUCAUCAGAGAAUUCACACAGGAGAGAAACCAUAUCGGUGUGAGGAAUGCGGAAUAUCUUUCGGCCAAAGUUCAGCUCUUAUUCAGCAUCGGAGGAUUCAUACAGGAGAGAAGCCCUUUAAAUGUAACACAUGUGGGAAGACUUUCAGACAGAGCUCAUCACGUAUUGCCCAUCAGAGAAUUCAUACUGGAGAGAAACCAUAUGAAUGUACUACAUGCGGGAAACUUUUCAAUCACAGGUCAUCUCUUACUAAUCAUUACAAAAUUCAUAUCGAGGAGAACCCCUAGGAAGUAAAUUUGCAUGUGUGAAAGCCUUAAACCAAAGCUCAUCAGAAUAUCCGAGAGUGAUACAACAGAAGUAAUGGAUAGGAAAAACCUUUCUGUGAUGUAGGCCUCAUCAGAUACCAGAUUCCAAGGAUAAACCUUGACUAUGUAAUAGAUAAUGAGGAAAGUAGGAAGUGUUCAUGCCUGCCAGGCACUUUUGAAAAUAACCUGAAAUGAAGAAUUCACAACUGGAGACACUGACUUUGGGCAUUUGUAAAAUAAUUCUCUUUCUAGAGCAGUGUACAUGAGAUACCUAAACAUCUGGGUGAGGGGAGGUGUGCACUGGAUUUCUCAUUAAAAAGAAACUUAUAAAUUGGUAAUACUUUUUUUUUUACAACUAACAUUUAAUAGCAUAUAAAAGAUGUGAUUGAAUUCUACACUUUUAGAGAAAAGGACCAAAUAAAAGAUUAAAAACAACAACAAAAAAGAGCUGUGAACUACCUCUCCGUUUCUGGGGUUUGUCCUUUUCCUGACCUGAUGUCAAAUUCUGUGCAUGGAUUUCAUUUAAAAAUAGAAAUAAAA